UCGCGCGUUGACGAGCUCAUUCUAUAUCCGGUCGACGCAAGGAUGAAGUUUAGAGGGAAGAUCGUUGAUGUUGGUUGCUUAAAUCAUUUUACCCGCGUUGUGAACACAAUCUCCAAACUCACAAAGUCAUGUAUUCUAAGACUUACCAGUGACAAGCUCUACUUUAUCUUUUCUGACAAAGUGGCCAGUGGAGGUGUUGCAAUGUGGUGUCAGCUGUUUCAGGGUAAUUUUUUUGAUGAGUAUCAGAUUGAAGGAGUAUCAGCAGAGCAUAAUGAAAUUUACCUGGAACUAAUGCCUGAAAACCUUUCAAGAUCCUUGAAAACAGCUCAGAAUGCCAAAACUGUGAAAAUUAAGCUGACAAUGAAGCAUUGUCCAUGUAUCACCAUUGCUGUAGAACUGCCGUCCCUCUCCAGCCACAGUCGCAUUGUUACACACGACAUUCCCAUUAGCAUCAUCCCCAGAAAGCUUUGGAAUGAUUUUGAAGAACCCAGUGUUCCAGAUUUUGAUGUCAGUAUUUAUUUACCAGUACUGAAGAUCAUGAAGAGUGUUGUAGAAAGAAUGAAGAAUCUUGCUAACCAUGUUAUCAUUGAAGCCAAUCAGAAUGGAGAAAUGAAUUUGAAAAUUGAUACUGAUCUGGUGUCAGUGACAACACAUUUUAAAGAACUUGGGAAUCCUCCAUGGGUUGAAGAGGGUACGCAACCUGAUUCCUGCCAAAUAAGAGAUCCAACAAGCAUGGCUGAAGCUAGGAUAGACAUAAAGAGACUUCUUCAGUUUCUUGCUGGACAGCAAGUCAACCCAAGCAAAGCCAUAUGUAAUAUAGUGACUAACAAGGUUAUUCACUUCGUUUUACUGCAUGAAGAUGUGUCUCUUCAGUACUUUAUUCCAGCUGUUGCUUGAGAGACUUCACAUUAACAUCUAAAUGUAUCAUAGACACCUGCAUCCUUGCUUGAAAUGAAAGAGCAUUCUGUCUGAGAAGUCCACAGUGUGACAAGACAUUUAAAUGUGGUGCCAAUAAUUGGACUUGACAUUGCAAUCGCCUUUGUCUUUAGAUCUUGGUAAUUAGUGUCUAAAUUUCAGUUCAGCAUAGAAAGUGUCAAUAAUUUUUCUGCUUUUCUUGAUAGACUUAUCUGAUUUCAUCCAGUUUUCAAUAGCUACUGAAAAUGAAACUCAAUUUUCCAACCUGUCUUAUUAAUGUAUAUGUGGUUUGAGAGCUGAAAAAAACAACUAAAUAGAUCUUCCAUAGAGUUUUGCUUUGCUGCAUAUUCUUUAUUUUUCAUAUCAAAGCAAUCGUUGGAUUUUAAAAUAUACUUCUAGUCUUGAGUGCAUAAUCUGUUACAAUUUCAGUUAUUUUGUUGUUUGGUUUUUCUUCCUUCUUUGUAUUACUGCCAAUUUGUUUAUUUAUUGAAGAUGCAAGACCGAAAACAUUGUCAAAAUUAUUUUCACUAUUUAUGUUUCCAAUAAAGAAAACAAAAUAUGUUCACUUCAAGUGUAGAAGAGUUACAAGAGGCCAUUUGGUCCAGUUGCAUAAACAACUCAGUUAGUCCCACAGUGUCUCCUAUCAUUAUGCAAAUCCUUUCUCUGUAAAUAAUUAUUCAAAAUUUUUUUGAAAACCCUAAGUGAGUCUGUCUCCAGUAAACUCUCAGACAUGCUUUCUGAAGGGGGAGAGGAGAAAUUGUGGGACGUAUUGGUAAUUGUGACAAAAGUCAAAAAAGGAUAAGGUUCUAUAACCAAAUUUAGGGAGCUGGAAAGUAGACUAAAAAGCAGGACCUAAAACGGUAGUAAUGCCUAGGUUCCUUCUGUUGCCACGUGAUUGUGAAUAUUGAAAUAGGAGGCCAGUCCAGAUGAAUGCAUGACUGGAGAGAUGUAGGAGGGGAAGCUUUAGGUUUCUGGAACAUUGAGAUCAACUGGGGGGAAGCGGAGAGUAUCCAAGUUGGAUGGGUUGCACCUGAACCAGAAUGGAACCAACAACCUUAGGGGUGGUUUGCUAGUGUUGUUGAGGAGGGUUUAAUCUAACUUGGCAGGCAUAUGGAAUCCUGAGAGAAGGUUCAACAAGGGAGAUGCAUGGCCAAAAUUAGAGGAUGUAGCAAAGGCGUUGACAAUAAUAGCCAAUUAAAGCUUCAGGGAGUUUGGCACGGUUGGAUGUUAUUUACUUUGAUGCAUGGAGUCUGAUAAACAAGGCAGAUGAGCUGAAAGCACAAAUUACAAUAUGGCAUACAAUGUUAUUGCUAUCACAGACAUGGUUGAGAGAGGGGCAGAAUUGGCAGCUCUAUUCCAGGAUGUAGGGCUUUCAGAAGUUAAAAGGGAAGGGGCUGUUGUAAUAUUGAUCAGGCUAAUCAAUAUAGCAAUAAGGAGGGAUGACAUCUUAGAAGGCUUCUCAAAUGAAUCCAUAUGAGUAGAAGUUAAAAGCCAAAAAGGAGCAGUCAUAUUUCUGGUAGAGUAUGAAAAUUUCCCGAACUGUCAGAGAGAAAUAGAGGACCACAUAGGUAGACAAAUUUCAGUGCAAUGUAAAAGUAAUAGGGUAGUGGUAGUGAGGGAUUUCAAGCUCCUCAACAUUAACUGGUAUUCUUAGUGUGUGCAGAAGUCUUAAAAUGCUUCUUAAAGCCAGCAUGUCAAAGGCCUUACAAGAGAUGGGGCUGUCCAUAAUUUAAGGCGAUGAAGCUGGGCAAGUAGUUGAAGUGUCAGUGGAGGAGCGUUUUUCAGACAACAAUCGUAACUAUUCAAGAUUGUUAUGAGAAAGGACAAGGAUGGGUCUGAAAUUACGGUUCCAAACUGGGGGAAGAUGAUUAGAUAGAUAUGAUUCAGUCAGAGUGGACUGGGAGCAGAUACUUGUUGGUAAAUCUGUCAGGGUAGUGGGACACUGAAGGGAGAGAUCA